AUGUUAGGCCUUUUAUCAUAUCGAACCUUUAUCAGGAGAGUUUCCUCUAAGGUUAUCGGUAUUGACUUGGGCACUACCAAUAGUGCGGUUGCGUACAUUAGGGACUCUAGUAAUAGGAAGUCUGCUACCAUUAUUGAGAAUACACAGGGCCAAAGAACCACACCAUCAGUAGUUGCUUAUAACAAGGAUGGGAAAGCAAUCAUAGGUAUGGCAGCCAAGAGACAGGCAAUAAUGAACCCCGAGAAUACGUUUUUUGCAACUAAGAGACUAAUUGGAAGAUUAUUUAAAGAUACUGAAAUACAAAAUGACCUCAAUACCGUCCCUUACAAGAUUAUAGAGAAUCAUCUUAAUGGAGAGGCAUAUUUAGAGACAACAUUUGGCGAGCAAAAGUCACCCAGUCAAGUAGGCUCUGAAAUAUUAGUCUAUUUGAAAAGAGCUGCUGAAGAAUACCUCUCUGAAGAGGUAGACAAGGCUGUUCUCACAGUUCCUGCAUAUUUCAAUGAUUCACAGAGGCAAGCUACAAAGGAGGCUGGUAGGAUAGCAGGAUUGAAGGUGUUGAGGGUGGUGAAUGAACCCACUGCAGCUGCUCUAAGUUUUGGUCUAGAUGCAAAGAAUGAUGGUGUAGUUGCAGUUUACGACCUGGGUGGGGGCACAUUUGACAUUUCUAUAUUAGAUAUUGACAGUGGUGUUUUUGAAGUGCGGUCUACCAGUGGAGAUACCCAUUUAGGAGGUGAAGACUUUGAUACUGUUGUUGUUGACCACAUCUUUAACGUAUUUGCCGAGCAGCAUAGCAUAACAGAUAUUAGCAAACUAAAAAAUAACAGAGAAAUAAUGCAGCGUAUUCGAGAGGCUGCUGAGAAGUCUAAGAUUGCCCUGUCCCAUUUUAAGGAGACAAGUAUCGAUCUUCCAUUUCUUUAUGACAAUAAGCAUCUCAACAUGCGACUUACAGAGGAAAAACUCGACAAAAUUACGUUACAUCUUAUCAACAAGACAAUUUCUCCCGUGAAAAAAGCCCUCAGGGACGCUGAAAUGGACCCAGAAGACGUCGACGAAAUCAUUAUGGUCGGGGGGAUGACCCGUAUGCCUAAGAUCAGAUCCGUAGUAAGCGAAUUAUUUGGCAAGCCAGUAAACACCACUGUUAACCCUGAUGAAACUGUUGCUCUGGGAGCUGCUAUACAAGGCGGUAUUCUCAGCGGUGAGAUUAGAAAUGUUCUUCUUCUCGAUGUAACUCCUCUAACCCUUGGUAUCGAGACCUAUGGAGGUGUAUUCUCACCGCUCAUCCCCCGCAAUACCACUCUCCCCGUUAAGAAGACCGAGGUAUUCAGCACCGGUGUGGAUGGCCAAACAGGUGUUGAUAUUCGUGUGUAUCAAGGCGAACGCAGCCUGGUGAGAGAUAAUAUUUUAAUCGGUGAUUUCAAGUUCGCUGGUAUUCCCCCCAUGCCUAAAGGUGCUCCCAAAAUUCAUGUCACUUUCGACAUUGAUGCUGAUGGUAUCAUUAAUGUCUCUGCUGCCGAACAGAGUAGCGGCCAGGCCAAAUCUAUUACCAUUAUCCCCAAAUCAGGACUGUCCGAUACCGAGAUCCAGAAGAUGGUGGAUGAUGCAAAUGCUAAUAAAGAGCGCGAUGACGCUCUCCGUCAGCGCGUAGAACUCAUUACAAAAUCAGAUAUUAUGAUAACUGACACAGAAGAUUCGUUCAAACGGUUCCAUGAUACCAUUAGCAAACACGAUUCCUUUCCUGAUGUCCUUGCCGAGAUUCAGAAAGUUCGACGCCAGAUUGACCAUUUCAAAGCCCACGAUGCAGACGAAUCUCUCGACCUGAACGAAUUGAAACGGAGCACCGACCAUGUCCAACAGCUCGCACUCCAACUCUUCCGUGACGUCUCCUCCACUGUAAAUAGAAACUGA